AUGAUAUUACUCAUAUUACUUCGUCUCUUACAGUUUGCUUCAACUGAUCAGGUAGCACCUGUUACAGUACAAAUCAGUGAUUUAUCACUUAAAAUAGCGACUAUUGAGAGUAAAAAGGCUGAAUUGGAGUUGGAUCACGUUGAAUUAGGUGUUGAAAUAGCAAAAAUGGAACAGAUCUGUAAAGUGUGUACAGUGAACGAGGGUUUCAUUGAAAUGCUGUUUGUGGCACUGAAUAAAGCAAGGGAUGAAGACAUUCUUAUACCUGAAACUCUUCAAAAAUUAGAGUAUAAGGUAAGAACCAUAAUAGAAUUCAAUGAUUUCAAUUAUAUUGAUUUCCUUGAUAUGGAUGACUACAUGUUUGCAGAACAGGCUAAGAUAGCAGAAUCAAUAGCAAAAACGUAUAAGAAGGAAUAUCACAGACUUUAUAAUAAAAUAGCUAUCAAGGAAACGGAGAUGACGAAUAUAAAAUCCAGGAUUGGAAAAUGCCAAAGGGCGUUGAAAGCAUUGGAUUCGAAAUUGAGGAGACUAACUAAUAAAUAA